UAAACCCCUUUCAUCUCUCUGAAGUGCUGGGCCCUAAAGGCCUUUUUUGAUCAAGAAACUAAUGCUGAUGGGGGAGCCGGCAGAAUGCUCUGUAGCAAAAUCCUCAGAUGAAAUUUGGGCUAAACUUGUUCCAUCAGACUCAAGAUAUUCAGAUGUAGAGAUAAGGUCUGAUGAGAAAAUAAUAUGUUCUGAGAUGACGUCUUCUGGUGAUAAACAAAAUUGGUGCAAAAUAAUAAGGAACUCUGAUUUAUGUUCUGCUGCCACAGUUAAAACAAUAGGUGCAAUGGAUGUGGGUUCCUACCUUGUUUGUACAUUUCAAAAUACUAUACUAGUUGAUGGGGCUGAGGUUUGCAAUGAAGACUCCAUUCUUAUCAAGGAUGGAAGUGAAAUUAUUUCAGGUCCUCAUAGAGAAGGGUUUGUCAGCUAUAAAUUUAAUAUCGUGUCUAGCGCAGAAACCAGCCAAAGGCAGCUAAAGAUACAUGUGGAUGUUGACAAUGUAAAAUGCAGCAUCUGCUUAAACGUAUGGCAUGAUGUAGUCACUGUUGCUCCAUGCCUACAUAAUUUUUGCAACGGUUGCUUCUCAGAGUGGUUAAGAAGGUCACAAGAAAAACAUUCAACUGUACUCUGUCCUCACUGUAGAGCAGUCGUACAAUUUGUUGGCAAAAACCAUUUUCUACGAAACAUUGCAGAGGAUAUACUAAGAGCUGAUUCUUCCCUCAGACGCUCAGAUGAAGAAGUUGCACUGUUAGAUUCGUAUUCAUCAAUACGAUCAAAUCUUGUCAUUGGACCUCGAAAUAAACGUCGUCGAAAGAGGGCUUACUCACCAUUGGAUGAUCAAAGUGAUGACACAAACCUUCAAUGCCCACAGUGUG